AUGAGGAAAGUGUUUACGAGGACUAGCUCUAGCGGGAAGCUUUCGCUGUACCUGGAGAAACGAGGCUUCGUGGGUGAUUUGGACACGAUGGAGCCCAUUGAUUAGAUGCCACCUCUCCCUCUCUCUGCAGUUGACCCCGAGUGCUUAAAAGGCCAAAAGAUGUUUGUCAUAUUGGCAUGUGCUUUUCGCUAUGGCCGUGAUGACUUGGCUGUGAUUGCUCUGAUCCGCGAAGAUCUCUAUGUACAGGCCAAGCAAGUGGCUCCAGCUGAACCCAGCAGCAUCCAGGGCCCCCUCACAGCCUUACAGGAGCAGCUUCAGCACAAACUUGGGGCCCAUGCCUACCCUUUCAGACUCCAGCUGUGUGGGGUGGACUCUGAAGUGAAGAGUUUCUGUGUAGAAAAUCUGAAUGAGGAAACUCUCCUCAGCGAUUCUGUGCAGCUGGUUACACGGAAAGUGCAGCUUUCACCUGAACCAGACCCCGGUCCCUGUGCACAGACCAUUCGCAGCUUCUUCUCAUCAGCUCAACCCCUACAGCUCCAGGCCUGGAUGGACAGGGAGGUUCACUACCAUAGAGAAGCUAUUUCUGUCCAUGUUCCUAUCAACAACUGUACCAACAAGGUCAUCCAAAGAAUCAAGAUUGCAGGUGAGUGUCUUAUUGUUCUGCAUCUAAGCCCCAGACCACAGGUUCUAAAACGCAGCUGGACUUCUUACUCAUUUACAUUUAUCUUAGUUUGGUCACGGACCUUGGCUGUAACUCCACUCCUGGCUGCCUACUACCAGAAACAGGGCCUGGCACUGGACGGCAAACUCAAGCGCGAAGGCACCAAUCUGGCCUCUAGCACAAUGGGAGAUACCAUGAUCACACAGGUGGUCUUCCCAGGGCAAGGCUCACCCAUUGCGCUUGGGUCUUCAACCGGGAUGAACAAGGAGCUUCUGGGGAUCCUGGUGCUCUACAAAGUUAGAAUCAAGCUGAUGGUGUCCUAUGGGGGGACUCAAAAGGGAAAUAAGCCUUCCGUGGAGGGAGGGCUGAGAAGCAGGAAAGGGAGCGCCUUUCUAGAAUCAAAAAUGUGGAGAAAGCCCAGGAAAAGGUUUGCUAAUCCUCAAUCCUUCUACGCUGCUUCUGCAAGCUCUGAGGACAUAGUUCUCGAGUUUAUGCCGCAGAACAACCAGGCAGAGCUGGAAAACUCCAGCAGCAAAUGGAGUUCAGAGACGCCAGCAGCCUAUCUCUGA